UCCCUCCCUCUCUCUCUCUGCAGUCAGUAUGAUCAGGAAUCUGUGCAAACCGGAUUACUUCUUUUUGUUGUAAUGCAUUCAUUUAUGCAUCUUACAUUUAAACAUCACAUUCACUGAGUUGUGAUGUUUAGUGUUCUGCUGAUGACUUCUCGUUGUUGAAAGUUUUUCUUUGAACUCAGUUGGUGGAAAACCCUGAACCGCAGCAGGGAUCUUGGGAAAUAUUUGGGGAUUUUACACCUUUACCAGAGAGGAAACCCAACAUUUUUUUCUGCAUAAUAAACUACCAAGAAUAAACAGCAGGACACAUCUGGGGAUCCGGAGCUCUCCACGCUGUUCCUGCAGGAAUAUUAUGGGAAUACUGGAGUGAUUUUUUUUCUUCCCACAUUGAGCAGAAGCUGAUCUGAGAGCAGAGGGGAUCUAAAUGCGGCUGUCUGGCGACCCUGCACCGGCGACCAUGAACAGCAGCAGCGGGUCGGGCAACUUUCUGCUGGUCCCCAUACCGGAGUAUCCUCUGCUGGACUGUGUGCCCAACAAGACGGUGAAGAUUGUGGUGCUCGGGGCGAGCAACGUCGGGAAAACCGCUCUGAUUGUCAGGUUUCUGACUAAGCGGUUCAUCGGGGAUUACGAAGCAAACACUGGAGCGCUCUACUCCAGAAAGGUCACGCUGGAUGGGGAGGAAGUGUCGCUUCAGAUCCAGGACACUCCCUGCGUCGCUCUCCAGGACGAUGCUGAGGGCUUGUACUGCCAGGAGCAGAUCAACAGAUCGAUCUACUGGGCAGACGGCUACGUGCUGGUUUUCUCCAUCACGGACCACAACAGCUACCGAACCAUCCAGCCGCUGUACCAGCACGUCCGACGCAUACACCCCUCUGGAAACAUACCGGUUAUCCUGGUCGGAAACAAGAGCGACCUGCUCAGAGCCAGACAAGUGCCAGCAGACGAAGGAGAGACGUUAGCAGCUUCGCUAGGAGGAGUUUACUUUGAGGCCUCGGCCAGAGAGAACCACGAGGGAGUCCACGCCACCUUCCUCCAUCUCUGUCACGAGGUGAUCCGGGCGCUGGGAGGAGGGAACGGGGAGAAACGAAGAGGAGGCCUCCACCUGGCCAGACCCAAAUCUCCCAACAUGCAGGAGCUGAAGAGGAGGUUCAGACAGGUCCUCUCCUCCAAAGCCAAGUCGUCCACGACUCUUUGAUCGCAGCACGGGACCAAAAGCAACAAGAGCUUCCGUGGAAAAUCGAUGA